UGCAUGAAUCCCAUUUUAUUCACGGCGUUGAGGACUAAAGAACAUAUCCUGAAACAUCCUCAAACGGUCAGAAAAGCUUAACUGAUUCUACCUUUCAGGGAUUACAAAUAUGACCCCUACAGGCCUCUUUGGAGCCCACAACUUAAGUGCUUCGGCUCUAAAGUCCAAAGCGAUCUAUUUAGCAGAGAACCGGACCAUGGAAAUCUACACGGGAGCCGCAGCGCCGGAGCUCUGCAACAGCACGUACUCUUAUUUCUGCAACGAAAGCAAAACUCUGGGCCUGGAGGAUAAAUCGGAGCACCAGCAAUACGUCAUCGGCCUGUUCCUGUCCUGCCUUUACACGAUCUUCCUAUUCCCGAUCGGCUUCGUGGGCAACGUUCUCAUUUUGGCGGUGAACAUCAGCUUCCGCGACAAGAUGACGAUCCCGGACCUCUACUUCGUGAACCUCGCCGCGGCGGACCUCAUCUUGGUCGCCGACUCCCUCAUCGAAGUGUUCAACCUGGACGAGAAGUAUUACGACAUCACCGUCAUCUGCACCUUCAUGUCGCUGUUCCUCCAGAUCAACAUGUACAGCAGCAUCUUCUUUCUCACCUGGAUGAGCUUCGACCGGUACAUCGCCGUGGCCAAAGUCAUGCGGUCCAACAUAUUCCGCACCAUGGAGACCGCCAGGCUGAGCUGCGCCCUCAUCUGGCUGGCGUCCAUCUCCGCGGCGCUCGUGCCCUUCACCGCGGUCCAUUUACAGCACACCGGGGAGAUGCAUUUUUGCUUUGCGGACGUCAAGGAAAUCCAGUGGCUGGAAAUUACCCUGGGGUUCAUCAUCCCUUUCGCCGUCAUAGGCCUGUGCUACUCGUUGAUCGUCCGAGUGCUGGUCAGAGCCCACAAGCACAGGAGUUUGCGGAUCCGCCGGCAGAAAGCUCUCCGGAUGAUCUUCGUGGUGGUCCUCGUCUUCUUCAUCUGUUGGCUUCCCGAGAACGUCUUCAUCAGCGUGCAGCUUCUCCAGACGACAGAAGCGGUCCCGCACCGGACUCAGUCUUUCAGGCAUAGCCACCCCUUGACAGGGCACAUUGUAAACCUUGCUGCCUUCUCCAACAGCUGCCUGAAUCCGCUCAUCUACAGUUUCCUCGGUGAAACAUUCAGGGACAAGCUGCGGCUGUACAUCGAACAGAAGGCCAAAGUGUCAGCUCUGCACCGUUUCUGUCAAGCCACCCUGAAAUCGUUCGUCCCCGAUAGUGCAGAACAAUCGGAAGUUUAA